AUGGCGUCGCAGCAAGACUGCACCGUCGUCAUCGGCAUCUCCGGCCCGUCGUCCAGCGGCAAGACCACCCUGGCGCGGCUCUUGCAGCGCAUCUUUUGCGGUGUGAGACUGGAGGCCAAUGGAUCCGAUGCAAGUCAGGAUGGGCAUACAGACGUUGCUACAAAUAACAAGGAUGGGACUGGGAAGUGCCUGAAUACGUUUAUCAUUCACGAGGAUGACUUCUACUACCCGGAUGAUCAAAUCCCGUGGACAACCACACCGUCUGGCACAAAAGUCCAAGACUGGGACACCGCCGACGCAAUCGACAUCGACUUCCUAGCGCAGGCGCUCGCAUACGUGCGUUCCAACGGACACCUUCCUCCGCGACUCCAAAGCAAAGAGGACCAGAACGCUGUCAUGGAUUCCGGGGUGGAUGAUGCGGUCAUUGCGCAACUGAGAGAUGAAGUGGAGAGGAGGUUAUCAACCAAACUAAAAUUGACAACUGCAAGCACGGAAAAGUAUGACCAGGGACAAGAAGCAAAAACGACAAUUGCCUUUCUCGAGGGAUUCCUCCUCUUCAGUCCCCCGCAUCCAUCACCACCACCUUCAUCCCAGCAAAAGGGCACUGACAAAGCGCACCCUCUCCACCCAGUCCACUCCAACAUCCAUCUAUCCCUCUUCCUGCCUUGUUCCUACGACGUCGUCAAGUCAAGACGCGAGGGAAGAACGGGAUACGUGACGAUCGGACCAGGGCUGGAGCCUCCCGUGACCGGGGACCCAACGCUUCCGAGCACCGGUGCAAAUACAGGCACAGAUUCUACCGAAGACGCCGAGACAGACAAGAUGCACCAGGAGAUUGCGACACGAUCGCACAAGCCCCUCCAGGACGUGGGAGGAGCGCAAAGCGCCGACGGGAAUGCGAAUGCGAAUGCGAAUGCCGCAGUCCCCAAUAGCGACAACGAAAAGGAAACGGAAAAGCCAGAAAUUGAUCUCAACGGCCCAGACGACCGCCCGCCACAGAACUUCUGGACUGAUCCGCCGGGCUACGUAGAUGAUGUAGUCUGGCCACGGUAUGUAGAGGAUCACGCGUGGUUACUUCUUCCGGAGGAGCAGUAUAAGUCUUAUAGAUCUCAAUCUCAAUCUCUUGAGACUGAGAAAAUGACGACGGCGGAGUUGAUUGCACGUGUCGGGGAUGGGUCUGCUGUUAGGACGGAUGUUGGGGUUGAGGUUGCCCCCGGGUUGGGGACAUUGCCUAUGUCUGAGGUUGUGAGAUGGGCUGUGGAUAAGGUGUUGGCGUAUUACGGGGCUUGA